UCCAAGGUCCCCGGCAGUCCGGACACUAUAAGAGGGGUGAGCGGCCCCAUUGCGGCACCUUUGCUCCGCACAACCAUGCUGGGAGCCGUCUGUCUCGUCGUGCUGCUGGGCUACGCCUACGGAUGCGGUCAGCCGGCCGUGCCACCACAGCUGAGCUCCCGCGUGGUGGGCGGUGAAGACGCUGUAGCCCACAGCUGGCCAUGGCAGAUCUCGCUGCAGUACAGCCGCUCUGGGUCCUGGUACCACACCUGUGGUGGGACCCUCAUUGCCCCCCAGUGGGUGCUGACAGCUGCCCACUGCAUCAGCUCUUCCAUGACCUACCGCGUCGUGUUGGGCAAGCAGGACAUGUCAGAGGAUGAUGAGCCCGGUUCUGUGGCCGUGGGUGUGGAAAAGAUGAUCGUCCAUGAGGACUGGGACUCUUACCUCAUCAUCAACGACAUUGCCCUGGUCAAGCUGGCAGAGGAGGUACAGGAGACUGACACCAUCCGUGCUUCCUGCCUGCCAGCUGCUGACAAGGUCCUUCCCAACAACUACCCCUGCUAUGUCACCGGCUGGGGACGCAUCAGGACCAACGGGCCCCUGGCUGACAUACUGCAGCAGGCUCUGCUGCCCGUGGUGGAUUAUGAGACCUGCUCCAAGUGGGACUGGUGGGGCGACCUUGUGCUUGAGACCAUGGUGUGUGCUGGCGGUGACGGCGUCGUCUCUGGAUGCAACGGCGAUUCUGGAGGCCCCCUGAACUGCCAGCGCGAUGAUGGGGUCUGGGAGGUCGAGGGCAUCGUCAGCUUCGGCUCCAGCCGGAGCUGCAACUUGAAAAGGAAGCCGACAGUCUUCACCCGGGUGUCUGCCUACAUCGACUGGAUCAACGAGAAAAUGAGCACAAACUGAGGACGCGGCAUUGUGGAGAUACCACUAUUGACCAAGAUAAAAGCAAAAAUGCU